AAAAUAUUAAAUUCAGCAUUAAAUAUUCUUUAGGAUCUAAGAAUCUAAUUCCAAAAUCGAUGCAUUAGGUUGCAAACCCAAAAUGGCUUUAAAGUUAUGACGUAAUUUCUGAAUAAAAGAGAGGAAAUUCUCCAAUCAGAUCUGUAAUAAAUCUGGGCUGUUACGCAGGUGUACCCAGUACCCGAUUUCGCACAUCUUGCGGAAACAUCGGAGACUAAUCUGAGGGCAGGAGAAACAGUAACCCAAUAUUUGAUUUUGAUUUUGAGGAACGCCGAAAUCAAUUAUAUAAGUUCCGAUUCCGGUGUAUAUGGCGUACAGGAGGAGGCAGCAACAGCAAGUGGGUAGGUUUUCUACAACUCUAAGAGAUGAUGUUUCUGAAAGGUCCAACAACUUUAAUUACGAUUUUGUCCCUCCGCCGCCGCCGGAAGACAGUUCCUCGUCGUCCUCUUCUUCCUCGCUAGCUGCUAAAGCCAUGAGAGCUUCAUCGGCUUAUCAGGAUUCAUCACUUUCUUCGGCAUACGGACAGUCCGCUCUCCCUUCUCCUCGGGAAUCAAUUCCAGAAUCGCCCACUCAUGAGUACGCAUCAGUGAAAAACAUGAAUGAACCUAAGCAAGGAUUUUGGGGAGUGCUGGCUAGGAAAGCUAAAUCGAUUGUUGAAGAUGAUAAUACAGCUCAACCACAUGAAACUCUGGGAAGAACAAAAUUUCAGAUGUCAGAUAAAUCAUCUCAGAGUCAGUACCAUAACACAUACAACUCUUCGCAAAGCCGUCGAAAGACAGACAGCCCAUCACUACAAAAGGGACUAGAUGCUAUUGCAUCGUCUCUCAAUUACAUUGGUGGAACAAUUGGUAAUGCUCUAGAGGUACGUUUCUUUAUGAUUUCUAACCACACUGCCGACAUUAUUCAAGAGACUCGCAAGAUUCAGAUAAGGAAAAAGAACAAUAGUUCUGUAUCACAGAAUCGGACUUCUGAUAUUGAUAGCUUACGGCAACAGCCAAUGAUGCAGACACAUAUGCAUACCGAUUUGGAAACUCAAUUGAAGGCAUCUCGCGACGUUGCAAUGGCAAUGGCUGCAAAAGCGAAGCUUCUCCUGAGGGAGCUGAAGACGGUCAAAGCAGACCUGGCUUUUGCAAAGGAGCGUUGUGCACAGCUAGAAGAAGAAAAUAAAGUCCUAAGGGAGAGCCGUGAAAAAGGAGACAACCCAGAAGAUGAUGAUUUGAUAAGGGUUCAACUUGAGACUCUUCUAGCUGAGAAAGCUCGAUUGGCACAAGAGAAUUCAGUUUUUGCCCGGGAGAACCGUUUCCUAAGAGAGGUUGUUGAGUACCACCAGCUCACCAUGCAGGAUGUAGUGUAUUUGGAUGAAGGUAGUGAAGAGGUUACUGAAGUCUACCCUGUUAAGGUUUCUACAGGCGCUAAUCAACAGCCACUUGGCACAUUUUCUUCCCCUUCACCUCCUCCUACUCCUACUCCUACUGUUCCCAUUGGGGCAAUUUCUCAAGUAACUCCGGAUGUCUCUCCUCUUGUUGUGCCAUCACAAGAGCCCAAAGAGGUUCCUGAAACUAUUGCCUCCCCAAACCCCUAUAUCCAAAUGCCAGCAGAUAAUCUGAGAAGACAAAGUUGAUUUUCCUGUAAGUGGCUUUGAUUUGGUUUCCGUUCUGUAGAGAAAAUGUUUGGAAUUUGUAUCAGUGUUGCUCUUUGUUAUCACCUCUAACUUUGUUGUUAUUAUCUUGAAAGCAGCAGAAAGUGUUAUUUAUUUAUUUAUUUUCCCUUUUAUUUUAUUUGGGAGAUGUGAGGAUGAGUUUGAGGGGCAAGUUCAAUGUGUAUUUAUUUUGUGCAUCCUGCAACAAUGUGAAAGGUUGAUUAGAAUUUGUAUCACUGUAUAUCAAUGACAGAACCCAUUGAUCAAUAUUUUGUCACUUUGAUGGACAGAAAUUGUACAUCACUGGUUUAAAUGAGUUUAAUAUUGUA